AUGAAACCUAACAUGGCUGCAAUAACCGAAUAUUUUAGAAAAGAAGAAGUUUACUUGACACGCGUUUCAGAACUUGACGAAAUAACUGAACAACGUAAUGAGCGUCGCCGAGAACUAGAUCAAUUGAAGAAAGAAAGACUGGAUAUGUUUAUGCACGGCUUUGAGAUAAUAAGCAGCAAAUUAAAAGAAAUGUACCAAAUGUUGACUUUGGGAGGUGACGCGGAUUUAGAACUUGUAGACAGUUUGGAUCCUUUCAGCGAAGGUAUUGCAUUUAGCGUACGGCCGCCAAAGAAAAGCUGGAAGAAUAUAUCCAAUCUUUCUGGUGGUGAAAAAACUCUCAGUUCACUUGCUUUGGUUUUUGCUCUGCAUCAUUUUAAACCCAGCCCUCUAUAUGUAAUGGAUGAGAUUGAUGCAGCCCUAGACUUCAAAAAUGUUUCAAUUGUUGCCAAUUAUAUUAAAGAGAGAACGAAAAAUGCACAAUUCAUUAUUAUAAGUUUAAGAAACAAUAUGUUUGAAUUAGCUGAUCGAUUAAUUGGAAUUUACAAGACAGAUAAUGCGACGAAAACCGUGGUGAUUGAUCCACGAAAAAUUGCUGCUGCCUAA